UUCUUACAUAAAUUCCCCGACAAAUGUCUCUCUCUCUUUCUAUCUUACCUCUUCUUUCUCACUCUCAUUUCCUAAACCCUUUUUCACUUUCGGUGCCUUCAUUGGUUUGCAUUUUCUCUUCCUAGUCUCCUACAACACUCACUUUAGUCCUUCAAAAAUUCUCUGUUUUGCUUCUCCUGAGUUAAAUUUCAUCAGAAGUGAAAGGAAAUGGCUGGUGGUGGUGGUGGUGGAGGAGGCGCACCGCAGCUGAAACAAGAUGAGCUUGAGCCACAUCCGGUGAAAGACCAACUUCCUUCUGUCUCUUAUUGUAUCACUAGUCCUCCUCCUUGGCCUUUGUUACAAAGUUUCCUUGGGACUCGUCUUCCCGCCGUCAUUGGAGCUUCUUACUCUUAUGUACCAACCACGCUUUCGAUUGUCUUAGCUAGUCGGUACAGCGACAUUUUGGAUCCUCAGGAGAAAUUUAAGAGAAUCAUGCGAGGAAUCCAGGGUGCUCUUAUCGUUGCUUCGAUUCUUCAGAUCGUUGUUGGCUUCAGCGGGCUUUGGCGUAAUGUAGUUAGGCUCUUGAGUCCUCUCUCUGCAGUUCCUCUGGUAGCACUAGCCGGUUUUGGACUUUAUGAGCACGGUUUCCCUCUGCUAGCCAAAUGCAUUGAGAUUGGACUGCCUGAGAUCAUACUUCUACUCAUAUUCUCACAGUACAUUCCUCAUCUCAUGAGAGGAGAAAGACAAGUCUUCCACCGAUUUGCUGUGAUUUUCUCUGUGGUUAUUGUAUGGAUUUACGCGCACCUACUCACCGUUGGUGGAGCCUAUAAGAACACAGGAAUCAACACUCAGACAAGUUGCAGAACAGAUCGUUCUGGUCUCAUUGGUGGUGCUCCAUGGAUAAGAGUACCUUACCCUUUUCAAUGGGGACCUCCAACAUUUCAUGCUGGUGAAGCUUUCGCUAUGAUGGCUGUUUCAUUUGUUUCACUUGUCGAGUCAACAGGGACUUACAUUGCUGUAUCAAGGUUUGCGAGUGCAACUCCACCACCACCUUCUGUUCUCAGCCGUGGAAUCGGUUGGCAGGGUGUUGGAGUUCUUCUCUGUGGAUUAUUUGGAGCAGGAACUGGAGCAUCUGUAUCAGUAGAAAACGCCGGUUUGUUAGCGCUAACACGCGUUGGUAGCAGAAGGGUAGUUCAAAUAUCAGCUGGUUUCAUGAUCUUCUUCUCUAUUCUUGGUAAAUUUGGGGCCAUCUUUGCAUCAAUUCCAGCUCCGAUCGUCGCAGCAUUACAUUGCCUGUUCUUUGCAUACGUUGGUGCUGGCGGUCUAAGUUUACUUCAGUUCUGUAAUCUCAACAGCUUCAGAACUAAAUUCAUCCUUGGAUUCUCGGUCUUCAUGGGCUUAUCGAUACCACAGUACUUCAACGAGUAUACAGCUGUUAACAAGUAUGGACCAGUUCACACACACGCAAGAUGGUUCAAUGACAUGAUCAAUGUUCCAUUCUCUUCUGAAGCUUUUGUGGCUGGCAUUUUGGCAUUCUUUCUUGAUGUAACAUUGUCAUCUAAAGACAGUGCGACGAGGAAAAACCGAGGCAUGUUUUGGUGGGAUCGUUUCAUGUCGUUCAAAUCGGAUACUAGAAGUGAAGAGUUUUACUCUUUGCCUUUCAAUCUCAACAAGUAUUUUCCCUCAGUGUGAUAAUUGAAAAAAGAUGCCAAAAAGAGUUCAUUGGCUUGACCCUGACUCCUACUAUUUAUAUCACAUUUUGUAUCUUAUCAACUCUGUUUUUUCAAACUGCGUCCCGUUCACUUCUUUUGAUAAUGUUCUUCUCUGUGGUGUUUUCCCCUUUGGUGUAGAGAACAUGCACAGCUUGCCGUUUCAUUUAGAUGUGUAUUUAACAUGUUUCCCUAGCUUGAUUCAUUUUUUAAUGUUGUUUA